GUAAUGGGCUGGGAAUUAGAAUUGUCGGUGGUAAAGAAAUUCCUGGACAUGGUGGAGAAAUUGGAGCCUAUAUUGCUAAGAUUCUUCCUGGUGGAAGUGCAGAACACACGGGGAAACUUGUAGAAGGGAUGCAAGUCUUGGAAUGGAAUGGGAUCCCUUUAACUUCUAAAACAUAUGAGGAAGUACAGAGCAUCAUUAAUCAGCAAAGUGGGGAAGCAGAAAUAUGUGUAAGACUGGACCUCAAUAUGUUGUCUGAUUGUGAAAAUCCCCAGCACCUGGAACUUCACGAGCCACCUAAAGCUGUGGACAAGGCAAAAUCCCCAGGGGUUGAUCCCAAGCAGUUGGCUGCAGAGCUGCAGAAAGUCUCACUCCAGCAAUCACCACUGUUCACGUCGUCAGUCGUGGAGAAAGGCUCUCAUGCCCACUCAGGUCCUACAUCAGCAGGGUCCAGUUCUGUUCCCAGCCCUGGGCAGCCAGGGUCACCAUCAGUGAGCAAGAAGAAGCAUGCCAGCAGCAAGCCUACUGAUGCAACAAAGGUUGCCUCACAUCCAAUUACAGGAGAAAUACAGCUUCAAAUCAACUAUGAUCUUGGAAAUCUUAUAAUACAUAUUCUUCAAGCAAGAAAUCUUGUCCCUAGAGACAACAAUGGCUACUCCGACCCUUUUGUUAAGGUGUACCUACUUCCGGGCCGAGGGUAAGUAACGAGGCACUGUCUUCUAAGUGUCACAGCCCACAGUCUAAACAAUCCUAAGAGAAUCUUCCAUUCUUUAAUUUCCAGUCCCAUCCUGAAUUAUCCUUUCCCUGUACUUAGUUUGUUUCGUGUCAUAUUUAUUUUUGAAUUAAAAUUUUAAAGAAAGUCCUUAAGAGUUCUGAGAGAGCAGUGGUUAGAAUAAAAUCAGUCUCCCUGGGCACAAGCAGCAAUUCUGAUUGUGGGAACCAUUCUUGUGCUUUGUGAUCAGAUUAAUUCUAAAAACAUGUAAGAAAUUGUGGCAGAUUUAAAGAACCGACUUACAUCCCUAUAUCCACUUCUAAAAUCAACCUUUGUUUACUUUCUUUUUAUACAGUAUGUGUCACUAAUGACUUUGUAUGAAACCUUGUUUAUAGACACAUUUCCAAAUCACUGUUUUAAAAAUAGUAGCAAAUAGUAACAUUUGAAGUAAUUAUUUUGCUAUAUAAAUAAAAGAUAUCUCAUUGAAUCUUUUGCAGGAUGUGUACAUUGUUGAUAUAAAGUAAAUGUUAUGGACGUGCGGCCUAACUCCAUGGCAGCACUUGUGUUUAACAUACCUGAAUAUGUCAGUCCCCAGCCCCAAAUAAAAAUACUAGUGAAGGAUUCUAUGUUCUUUGGAGAUGCAUAAUAAUUGAUCGCAUUAUUAAUACUAAUAGCUAUGUUAUGGUGUAUGAACAAGUACUUGAGAAUUGUUUAGAACAGAGAUUUCACAUCCAGAAACCACUGUACCUUAUCUAAGUUACCUGUAUUAGCCAAAUUAAUGUGGUGGAACCAUGAACAGUUAUCAGAUGGAGGUGCAUUGAAAAGCUUCAUCAGCUGAUGGCAACAUUGGUUUCAUUUUGGUUUAAUUUGGGAGUGACAUUUGAGUGUUGAUUUUUGCUUGGAAAUUUUUAAGUAUAGCACAGAAGCGGAAAGCAUAGUAUAGUGACUGACCAUCCUUUAUCUGCAAAAGCUUUUACUUACUGGCCAGUUAGAUUUCACAUUGCUCUUUUUUUUUCAUUUACUCUUACACAGUUCCUACAUCCAGAUCAUUUUAAAGAAAUUCCAGCAAUUAACUCUUUUUGCAAAUAUUU